UAAAGUAACUCGGCCCAGCCCAUUAUCAUCUACGGAGGAGUAGCUAGGUUUGGGCUAGCACGGCGCCGCCGCCGCGGUCGUCCACGAUGGCCAGCGGCGACCGCGUCUCCAACCUCCCCGACGACCUGCGACGGCGGAUCCUCUACUUCGCGCCGGCCAAGGAGGCAGUGUCCACGACGGCGCUCGCGCGGCGGUGGCGCACGACGUGGCUCUCCUCCGGCGCCCUCAACAUCGAGUCGCGGUACGCCUUCACGGGAUGUUUCUAUGACCGGGAAAGAGAUGAUCUCUGGCGCUACACCAUGGCGGCUCUCCAUUGCCGCCUCCCCGCCCUCAGGAAGCUCACCUUCCGUCUGGAACUGGAAGCGACCAGGCCCGUCGCAGUCUGCACGCUCCUGCGUCGCCGCCAAGACGGAUCGAAAUCGGAUCACCACCUGCUCGACGAUUUGCUCGCUCACCCCUCGGUCCGCUGCGUCGAGGAGAUCCGAGUCGGCGUCCAUGACUCGGCGGCGGCGGAAGACCGUGGCGUCUGCGAGGUUCGCUAGGACAUUGCUCCCUGGUUCUGCGAGCUCCGCAUCGGCUCCCUGCCGUCCGAGGCCCUCCGCGAUCUGCAAGUCACCAGCUUCUGCUGCUCUGCGCCAGGCCCAGGCCGCGCCGCCGUCCUAGCGUUCCCGCUUCUGGCGACGCUGCGGCUCCACAGCUGCGCCGUCUCCGUGGAGGACCUCCAGGGCAUGUUCGACGCCGCGCCGCAGCUCGCCACUCUGCACCUCGACUCUGUCUUCUUCCGGCACGACGGUCCGCGUGCUCGUCUCCGAUGCCCGGCGGUCACCGCCCUUGUCAUGGCGGACUGCGGCUGGGAGCUCGAAAACGGCAACGAGAACACUGGCGUGGAGCUCGAUGCCCCGGCUCUGCGGCGGUUCAGAUACAAAGGAUUGGUCCGGCGAUUCUCGCUCGUAUCGCCAGCGCCAGACUUGAUGUGGGUGGAUCUUCACCUCGGUGCUCGUGACGAUCGUUACCAGCAACUCUUCUGGCAGUUUGUCUACAACUUUAGCAACACAAAGGCCUUGAAUCUGAGAAUGGAGUUCUACCUCGAGGACAUCGCCAUUACCGGCGACAAGAUAAGUUAUGUUGAGCUCCUUGGCAAUAACAAAAAGUUGUUCUCCAACCUCGAGCACCUUGAGCUUGGAGCACCGUGCAAGCGCGGAUGCGAAGCCACCGGAGUGGCGAUCGCCAACUUUCUUCAUUGUUCCCCUGCAAUUCGUGUGCUCCGGCUCAAUCUGAGCACGGUGGGAGGUGGCCAUCAGUCUGAGUAUGUAUUUCGGCAACCUUUCUUACGAAACAAAUAUCAGCAAGACUUUGGCAAGUCCGUCGAUUGUUUCUUGCACCGCAGGUUUAAAACGAUGAUGAAUUCAUCCAACGAUGAUGUCAAUGAGGUUUCUGGCAUCCCGGGGUUGAGUGGGCAUUCGUUCAACUGCUUGCAGAGUAGCUUAAGAUCAUUGAGCUUGCAAUUCAGACAUUCAAGUUUGGAAUUCCGGAUGGAGAAGGCAAACUGUUUUGAAGUCCGACUGGCCAAAUUCUUUGCUGAAAAUUGCAUCGUCCUUGAAGAAAUGAAAAUAGACAAUGGUAAUCAAAAGUUGCAUGAGCACAUUAACCAUAAGGUUGGAACGUGGGUUGCUAAUUCAUCCAAAAGGAGAAACUGGCCCAGUACUACAGUUGCAGUCGUGCCCCUUGAACGAUGAAUGUCAAAGUCUGGAUCGGCAAUAUGUGAACAAAAGGGUGUACUCCUCUCAUUCUGUGCAUGCAACCAUGAACAUGACAUUCCAGUCUUUAUUACUACUAUUUCCUCUUUUAUUUAUGCCUUACAGAAUCCAUAUUUUCCUUUGACCUUUUCUUUCUCAUAUAUAGUCAGGUAAAGAUAUGGCAUUAUGACACCAUUGUAGCGUGCUUCAUUCAAGGAGCUAGAGUUCAUCAUUCAUUUGUUUAUUUAUGAAAGUGAGGUUAUUUGUAUCAGCUGGGAUUAACUAGGGCUUCAGUUGCUGAAAUGAAAAAUCGUGAAUCAUUUGUGAAGUUUUUGACAAAUGCCUGCUGCUGAUAAUUUUGUCUGCUGUUUGGUAUUCAGAUGUAGAGAUGGUAUUUUCCUUUUGUCUUCUUCAGUUCAGCCCCGGGUCUUCAGAAACCUCUACGUCUAAAGAGAUAUCGAACUAUGAGACUAAUUGUUGAGGCACGUUUUGUACGAUCAUGUAGUACAUUGUGCUUAUUCUAUGGUACAUUGCACGGAUCAGAAUAGUUCACUGCUAAAAAACGCCAUAAUUUUCUUGAAACACUUUCUAGUACUAUUGUAUAUUGUGGUUUUAUACAUUUUUGUUUCAAAGACAACCAGAGUUAAAUCAGUUCUGUGAAACUUACUGUUUUUGUUUGACUAAAGUGUAGGGCAUCUUUGAGUUAGAUUAGGUAUGGUCCACUCAUCGGUGAGAAAACAGUAUCAUAGAGGCAGCAUACCCAUGGAGCUUACCCUUGAAGCUACCACAUUAUCAUGAGCUGAUUGCUGCUUUUGACAUUGCCAUUUCACAUGUUUGCAGUAACUUGUACCACCAAGAACUCCAGUUAUGGCUAUUCCAAGUUGUAAAGUUGUGACUUCAGAUCAUCAGAAGAUGCCUACAAAUGUUGAAGACAGAGAUACCAACAACUUCAAAACUAGGGAUGUUGAUAUUUUGCCCGUGCAAUCUUCUGUUGCCUCUUCUACCCCAAGGAUUGCACUCAAGAAUUCUGGCGAGACAAACACUCUCAAACUACACUCUAAAGAAUUUUGAUAGUACCCAAGGCGAUUGAUGUCAUGCGGCUAAGGAGUGCAAACACAAAGUCAUCAGGUUUCCGCAGUAUGUGCCAGUCGUCAAUAACAGAGACACUUCCAAGAAAAUACAUAUGAAUGCUUCUCCGUGGUGAGACAAAUUUGGUGGAUAGAACUAUGCGCAGGAAUGGACAGAACAUCACCAUUUAGCUGUUUCCCAUUUGAUGUAACCAAAGAUAAAGCGCAAAUUUAUAGCUAUAUAACCUUCUAAUAACCCAAACAAUAUUUAUUUUUAGAAGUUGGAGUUGCUUGUGAGCCAACAUAUAUUCCAAAAUUAUAAGUUUGAAUA